GAUGACUCAAACAGUGAUCGCUACCAACCCACAUGGAAAGCGAGCCGCGGCAAGGUAUCAUCUAUAAGUACACUGUAAACUUGAGAUCGAUGCGCUCCACUGUAUCUUGGUCCCUCCAGGUACCAUGAGGGACUUUUCUUCCACUUGGUCCCAGUCAGCGCCAGAUUGGCAAGUUGUUCUGGCCGGCGCGACGCGCAUUUCCAGUCUUCCCGCCUCGUUCUGGACCGAUCCACUAAUCUUUCCCCUCUACGCUGCCUUGGGCUCUCUCCUUCUCCUAUCCGUGCAAUAUCUUCGCCGGCUCAAAAGCCCUAACGCCCCUGAAAAGUCCUGGCAGGACGUCGACAAAUACGGCGGACCGGUUGUCCUCAUCCAUAAUGUUCUUCGUCUGCUCGCGUCGUCGACUUUGGUCGCGUUGUCCGCCGCGUCGGCAGUUGUGCUGCAGGGAGUAGCGAGGCAAUUCCAAGUUGGGUAUGCCGUGUUCUACAUCUACACCACCCUUCUGUCUUUCCCGUCCAUCGCUGUUACGACCAGAUAUGGUGCCACGGCACGCGCACACUUGAACGUCAUGUUCCUCGCUGCCUUCGCCGCUUUAUUCUAUCGCGAUAUGCUCCCUCAAGCCACGAUCUCGUGGCCUGUCUUGGAUGCCGCUGAGGGCUCUAUUUUGACAGCGAAGCUGAUAAUCCUUUCGUUUGCUGCGAUUGUCAUCCCUGUGCUCACACCGAGAGCGUAUAUUCCUACUGACCCCGACGCUCCGAUGACUCAACCGAGCCCCGAACAAACCGCGUCGCUUUGGUCCCUUUUGAUGUUCAACUUCGUGGAUCCGGUCAUCCUGGAAGCGUUCAAGUUACCGCAUCUUCCCCUGGACAAGUUCCCUCCCUUAGCGGACAGCAGCCGGUCAGAAGUUCUGAAGCGACGGGGCUUUCCGAACAUCGACACAUUCUCAGGCGCUAGCAAUCAUCACAUCUUUUGGGGGAUCAUCAAGACCUUUCGAUCGGAAUAUUCUACGCUGACGCUGUUGCUUGUGGUCUAUGUCUGCUGUUCGUUUGCGUCUCCCAUUGGCAUCAACCGGGUUCUCUCAUAUCUUGAGAAGGGACAAGGAGAGUCCUCAUUCAAGCCUUUCGUAUGGAUCGCAUGGCUUGCUUUGGGACCGAUGACCGGGACAAUAGCCAUUCAGUCUUACUACCGGAUUUCUAACCGCAUCUUGGUGCAAGUCGAAGGACUCCUGACAGAGCUCAUCUUCGAGCACGCUCUCCGGAUCCGGGUCAAGGCUCACACCGACUCUGGGCCGAAGGAUACGACGAAUGAUGAUGCAGCUUCGACCGACGAGACGCUCAACCAGGACGGCGCCGAGUCGGUUGCGAGCAGCACCACUGCCCAAGGGGAUGCCAGCACGACCUCCAAGGAUGCAAAGAAAGCUGCGUCUCGCCCCGCUGUGACCAGCGUCGACACUGGAAAGAUUAGCAACCUCGUCACAACGGAUCUGCGCAACCUCACCCGGAUGUCCGAUUUUCUGCUUUUGUUCUUCUACAUGCCGACGAGUGUGGUGUUUGCUAUUAUCUUCCUCUACGUUGUCCUUGGAUGGAGCUCUUUCGUGGGCAUGUUUGUCAUGGUUUUGCUGUUCCCUGCAUCGGGUUAUGUUGGCCGCUUCCUCCAAAAUAUCCAGAAGAAUCGGAUCCGCGCUGCGGAUGCUCGUAUCAAUACGAUCACUGAAACCAUGAACGUUCUGCGGAUGAUCAAACUCUUUGGCUGGGAAUCAAAGAUGCUUGAACGCGUCAAUGUCAAGCGCGAGGACGAGCUUGUUUGGAUCUGGAAGCGUGAAAUUUUCGAGUGGGUUGCGAAUACCGUCAACAAUGUUAUUCCCAUUAUCACCAUGCUGGCUACUUACGUCACCUACACCAUGCCCGUGUUCGAUAUCUUGCGUCAACAAUUGCAUAUGGUCAACUACCGGCUGAUCCAGUUCAUUGAUGCCAAGGUGUCUAUCGACCGAAUCAACGACUAUCUGCACGAUACAGAGCUUUUGGAUGCCUUCGCUGGAGAUCAUGCCAGUGUUGAGGCUGAGGAGAUCCUCGCCGGUGCUGCAGACACGACUGAGCUUGGAUUCCGUGCGGCUACUUUCGCCUGGUCGAAUGACCAGGAGAAUGAUGGGACUUUGACCCCGUCUCGGCAAAGAUUCAGACUGCAGAUCGACGACGAACUCAUUUUCAGGCGAGGAUGCUUCAAUCUGAUCCUUGGACCGACUGGCUCAGGGAAGACAUCUAUGUUGAUGGCUCUGUUGGGCGAAAUGCACUUCAUGCCCUCGACGGCCAACUCUUGGUACAACCUACCUCGCGCAGGAGGCGUCGCUUACGCCGCUCAAGAAUCCUGGGUGCUCAACGAUACUAUCCGCAACAACAUUCUGUUCGGCGCAGAGUACGACGAAGAGCGCUAUAAGCAGGUGCUCUAUCAGUGCGCUCUGGAGCGCGACCUGGAGCUUUUCGAGGCUGGCGAUCAGAGUGAAGUCGGAGAGAAAGGAUUGACUCUAAGCGGUGGUCAGAAAGCCCGCUGCACGCUUGCUCGAGCCAUCUACUCCAAGGCUGAAAUUCUGCUCCUGGACGAUGUCCUUGCGGCUCUGGACGUUCACACCUCCAAACACAUUGUGGAAAAGUGUUUCGCGGGGUCUCUGGUCCGCGGUCGGACUGUUAUUCUUGUUACGCACAAUGUUGCGCUGACUUCUCCCAUUGCUGACUUCACAGUCUCGAUUGGGUCGAACGGACGCAUCUCCAGCCAAGGCUCGAUUGCGGAGGUCAUCGAACACGACGUUGCGGUUGCCGCUGAAGCGAACCAAGAGCUGCAGGCGCUUGAAGAAGUGGUCGAUCCUGCUCCUGUCGAAGAUCAGCCGUCGAAAGCCAAGUCGGAUGGGAAGCUGAUUCUGGCCGAGGAAGUACAGCUGGGCAAAGUCAAGUUCUCCGCUCUUGGAUUGUACCUUGCUGGACUGGGCGGCGUGGGCUUCUACAUCGCUUUCUUCGGGCUGUUUUCCGCGUCGCACAUUAUGCAGGCCUUCCAGACGUGGUACCUCGGCUACUUUGCGUCCUUGUAUGAAACCAGUCCUACGGGUACCGUUUCGGUGGCUCACCAUCUUGGUGUUUAUUCUUCCAUCUUGGCUGUGGAUGUGAUCACACACUCCAUCGCGGAUGUUGUUUUCGCAUUCGCAUGCCUGCGAGCUUCCAGAACGAUUCACCGUCAACUGAUGGACUCUAUCCUCGGGACUACGCUGCGAUGGCUCGACAAGACACCCGCUUCUCGUGUCAUCGCCCGGUUUACUGCGGAUAUCGCUGCCGUCGAUUCUGACAUUCUCAACGUCUUUGCUGGGUUCUGGCAGGUCACGAUGUCGAUGAUCGUGUCGUUCAGCGCGGUCGUUUUGCUGACCCCGCUGUUUACGAUUCCGGGCAUCGGGGCUGCGAUCAUCGGUGGAUUGGUCGGUCAGCUGUUCAUCAAGGCCCAGCUUUCAGUCAAACGGGAAAGCAGCAAUGCGAAGGCACCCGUUCUUGCGCACUUUGGAGCUGCUAUCAACGGCCUGACCUCGAUUCGUGCUUACGAUGCUCAGGGACGUUUCGUGAAUGAGUCGCUAAACCGGAUCAACGUCUAUACCCGGGCCCAGCUGACGCUCAACAACCUGGAUCGUUGGGUUGGCAUCCGACUCGCUGUGGUCGGCAACAUGCUCAGUGCCAUCUUGGCGCUCUACCUGGUUUACCACCAAAAGGAACGUUCGAACAAUGUGGGCUUCAGCUUGAACAUGGCCGCGGCAUUCAGCGGUCGGAUCCUCUUCUGGGUCCGCUUGACCAAUGAGGUGCAGAUCCAAGGAAACAGUCUGGAGCGUAUCCAACAAUACAUCGAAAUCGAGCAAGAGCCCAAGGCCACCGAAUCGGGUAAACCGCCGGCGCAUUGGCCCAGCAGCGGAGAACUCGCGGUCGAGAAGUUGUCGGCCCGGUACUCUCCAGAUGGACCGAAGGUGCUGAAGGACAUCUCGUUCGACAUCAAGGCCGGCGAGCGUGUCGGAAUUGUGGGCCGCACUGGAUCCGGAAAGAGCUCGCUGACGCUGGCUUUGCUGCGGUGCAUCUUCACGGAGGGCAAUGUCGUGUACGAUGGGAUGGCGACGUCGGGCAUCAAUCUCGAGGCGCUGCGCUCGAAUAUCACCAUCAUUCCGCAGAUGCCGGAAUUGCUCUCCGGUAGUCUGCGAUAUAAUUUGGACCCCUUCGGGCAACACGACGACGCUACGCUCAACGCUGCGCUGCGCUCGGCGGGAUUGUUCUCGCUCCAAGACGACAUGGACGAUGGCCGGCUGACGCUCGACAGUCCCAUCUCUAGUGGCGGUGCCAACCUCUCCGUUGGGCAGCGCCAGAUCCUUGCUCUCGCGCGGGCGAUGGUCCGGGAGAGCAAGCUGCUCAUCCUGGACGAGGCGACGUCUGCGAUCGACUUCAAGACGGAUGGGAUCAUCCAGGCCUCGCUGCGGAACGAGCUCAAAAGCGAUGUGACAGUCAUCACCGUCGCACAUCGGUUGCACACGAUCCUGGACUCGGAUAAGAUCAUGGUGCUGGACGAGGGCAACAUCGUCGAAUUUGAUUCUCCGAAAGUCCUCUUACAAAACCCGCACGGCAAACUGCGGGCCCUUGUCGAUGAGAGCGGCGACAAGGAAACAUUGUAUGCCAUGGCGGGGCGUGCAGAGCAGUAG